UGCUCACUGAACACGACUGUUGACGCUUCUCCGUACCAAAAUGGCGGCUGCGCUGACGCCUCGCAGCCUUUAACGACAAAACGAACUGUUCACGUGCGUGUAUCUCACCCACGGAGGACUCGGUGGUAACAGUUGUCACGGUUUGAGGUUAAAGUCGGAGGAGGAAGAAGUUCAGGGGUGUGUUCAGUGUGCUGACAUCGGUCGGGUGGCCUCGCAGAAACAUGUCCUCCCCCGAGAUCGCUUCUCUCUCCUGGGGCCACAUGAAGGUGAAGGGAUGCUCCUCCAGCUACAAGGACUGUAAGGUCUGGCCUGGAGGGAGCCGAGCCUGGGACUGGAGAGAGACCGGCACCGACCAUUACCCAGGAGUGCAACCUGCUGACCUGGAGGAGGUGCUGAGGAAGGGAAUUGACCUGCUGGUAAUUGGCAGAGGCAUGAGCGAGGCGCUGCAGGUUCCCUCCUCCACUCUGGACUUUGUGAAGCAGAAAGGUGUUGAUGUCAAAGUGUUCCAGACGGAGAAGGCUGUCGCUGAAUACAACAAACUGGCCAGCCAGGGAGCAAAGGUGGGCGGGGUCUUCCACUCCACCUGCUGACGUCACCCUCACCUCACUGACCGGCCGAGGCGGAUUCUACAAGCUUUGAUGUCAUUUGCACCACAUUAACUUUCAGACAAACUAGUGUUAGGUAGAAAGUCCUCCAACACAUGCAGGGGUCAGUGGAGAGAGUAUAUCAGGCGGUGCUUUCAAUCCAGCUGAAGGAACUCUGAAUUUGAAUCUCAGUUGCAUUUUUGGCUUCCAGUGAUUGUGGAAACACAAUCACUGGAAGCUCUCAUUUGUCUUCCCUGUUCACACAUCAACUUUCUGCCCAAACUCACCUGCUGAUGAAUUGAGGCCCACAGCUCUAAAGGAGCCUUCAGACAUCAAGAUCCACCUGGAAGAAUUAAAAGUGUUUCUGUAGGUAAACCUGAGGAAGGACCUCAGGGUCUUCCACAGGCUCCACCUCAGCUUCAGCUCUCGCUCACUUGCCCAGUGAACCCCAAUCACAGCAUAGACACAGGUACAGUCACACCUACAAAAUCAGCCAGAGUGCAUGCAGAGAGCCCACACUGGGAGAACGUGCAAACUGUGGUUAGUUUCUUUUCUCCGUUUGAAUUCUAUUCAAUGAAAUCCCCUGUAAUAAGACAUGUUUAACGAUAACUGCUUCUUUAAGUGAAUAAUCAGACCACAGUUGAUUCGUCUCACCCUCAGAAAGUUGUUGAAACUAGAGGCGGGAAAUGAUGCGCUGAGAGCAGCUUUUCUGCUUCUGAUUCCAGUCACAGAAAAGCUGAGCUGUACCUUUAACCGAGGAACUCAGAUUGACUUCAGUCAUAUUUGUUUGCAACAUGAAAUAAACAGAAAAUGAAACUUUA